UCUCGCGCUGUGGGUAGUUGACUUUUCGUCGGAGUUUGUGUAGUUCUGGCCGCGAAUCUGGCCAUCGCCAAGGUAGAGAUUUGAGUUAGGCGCUUUGCUUUCCUUCCGCUAUGACUAAAUUUACAGACUGCUUCUGGGGAACUGAUUUUAACAGCACUGCUGGUUUUGAUGCUUUGUGCAAACGCCUCAAGGAUGGAAAACAAAUGUGCCUGGAUUUUGAAGAUUUUAUAAGACAAAGGGCAGAUGCUGAGGAGAAGUAUGGCAAAGCUUUGAUGAAACUUUCUGAAAGUGCUAAAGGCAGAGAUGAAAUUGGGACCCUCAGAGAAUCUUGGGAGGUAGUCAAAACAGAGACAGAGAACAUUGGUAAACUGCAUUUAGCUCUAUCCAAACAACUGAUUGAAGAACUGGAAAGCUGUGUCAGGAAAUUUAGAGAAAUGCAGCGGGAUAAAAGGAAAAAGGUGGAAGAAUCAGUGAAGAGAGCUCAACGGAAUAAGAAAAACUGUUUUGAUUUGACUAGUAGACUAAAGAAGACCUAUGAGCAGAAAUGCCAUGAUGUAGGCCUUGCAGAGGAAGCUCUACAAAGAUCUGUAUCACUUGCCAGCAAAGAUGAGGAAAAGUUGAGGGUCAAGCUUGGGCGAGCAAAAACUGCCGUAGAACAAGCAGACACUGCCUACCAAAACUCUGUGCGAAGCCUUGAAGAUGCACGGGUGAUGUGGGAGAAGGAAAUGGAACAGUGCUGUAAUCUUUUUCAAACCCUGGAAGAAGAGAGAAUAUCGUUUUUGCGUAACGCAAUGUGGGCCUAUGCCAACACAAGUUCAAUGAACUGUGUCAAGGUGGACGAGACUUGCGAAGAAAUGCGGAAAAGUCUGGAGAACUGUGCAGUAGAAUCCGACAUUCAUCUUUUUGUUAGUAUGAAGAAAACGGGAUCUGAUAGACCAGUGCGUAUAGAAUAUGAGAACUAUUAUAUGGCGCAGUCAUCGGCAAAAGUUGUGUCCCCCAGUAGCAAUGUAAACAUAACUGGGCCUGUAGCAGGUACCUUCGUGCAUUCGAAAGACACCAAUAUUGUGCAGCCGUCCGUGGGUACUCCGAAAUCAGUGAACCGCCGUCCUCCUAUGCAACUCCCUGAUAUUCCUCAUCAAGAAUCUCUAGAUGAAUCGAUGUAUUCCAGUGUGGACCAAAAGAAACAACCAAUCAAACUGAACGAGGCCAAAUUUUACCGUGCGGCUUUUGAUUAUGACGCACAGGGAGACCAGGAAAUAUCAUUCAAGGCUGGAGAUCAUAUAAAACUAAUUUACCACGAGGAUGACACUUGGUGGUGUGGAGAAGUACAAGGAAAAAGGGGAAUGUUUCCAAAAGAUUUUGUCGAAGAAAUCAACCCAUGAAGUAUGGCGAAGGAAGUCAUACCAAUAAUAGAUAGUUUUAAUUCCCUUGUCAGUUUUAAGUGAAGAGAGAUGAUUGAAGCUGCCAAGAAUUACAUUCUUGAGACCAAAACUAUAGACUAGUUGGGUUCCAAUCACACUUGAGUUUACAAUUUUCUUUAUAUAAAGGGCAAGAAUGUUCCCGCUUAGCAUCUUUGACAUCUAUCUGUAAAGAAAGAAGAGCCUUAUUUGUCAGACAUCAUUUUCUUUCUGGUUUUCCCUUGUUAAUGAAUUUUGUAAGGAGCGACAAUUACCUAGUUUUUUAAUAUUUUAUAAUCGCUAAACUUUUUGAAAUAUAGAUAUUUUUCUCUAUUGAUAUCGUAGCAAAUAAUAAUGAAAUAUAAGAAUGAAAUUUUGAAUGGUGCUUUUGGUUACAAAACAAAUUCGCCGACUUUUGCCACCAAUUUGGACGGCGGUAAUUUCAAGCGGCUCAGAGCCGUCAGUAAUCAGUAAUACGAGGCAUUUCUCGUAAACGUAACUAGCGCCUGAUUGGUUUAGUGCGUAGGGAACGUUCCUUGCCAAUAGCCAAUGGAUAUGAAAAUGUUUAACAAUGUGCUGCUAGUAUGCUAAUGUCUAAUAAUCAGGUCAUAUGGACUCUAAAAAUGAAUAAAAGCCAAUAAUUGUAAUGGUUUUAAAACAAUUAAAGCAGAAAUAGGGAAAAGUUUACAAAGUUAGUACAUGUAAAGCUUGAGUUUAGAAUAUUGAUUCUUGAAUUGUUUGCAGUCACUCCAGAGUCAAUGCGGACAUUAAGUGGGGAGGUGACCGGAAUAAAAAUGUAAUUUCCAUUAA